GGAGCGGUGGCUCAGUCCGCUUGUGGGACGCGCAGGAAGUGAACCCAGAGAGAGCGUUGUGUCUAUCUGGAGACAUCCUGCUGUGAUGGAGCGGCUGAGAGCCCUUCGAGGUCUCUUUGCUUGUGUGGGCUGCAUGCCCAGACGAACACGUCACAGGGAGAGAGGCAGGGUGGAAAGCCCUGUCCCUGCCUGUGCCGUGACUUUGCUGCUGCAGCGCCUGCAAGACCAGGAGGGUGACCGAGCGCAGGCGUACUGCGAGCUGGAGCACGUCCUGAGAGAAGAUGACAGCCGCCCGCCGUGCGGAGUGGUGAACCGGCUGCUGGCAGAGGUGUCCCAGGACCUGACAGCAGCCCAGGGCGUGACAAACAGCAUGAGAAUGGCUGCCAGCAAUGUCCUGGUGGCUCUGGCCAGGACACACUUCACCAUGGUGAUGUCCGAGCUCCAGGACCACCUGAAGGCCACACGGGAGAUGUCCAAGGAGUUUGUUCUGAUCACCCUGAGCAAACUCUUCAGCAGCUAUGCUCCACAGUGCAUCUCCUUUGUGUGGCUGACGCUGGCUGGCCUGCGCAGUGUGGUGGGCCAGGUGAGGAGUGGCCAAACGCUGCGCAUCGCUUGUGCUGUUGUGAAACAAUGGAUGGAUGGAGUCAAGAUUCACUUGUCCUCCGGAAAGCAAUGCCCCUGGCCUGCCACAGAGAAAGAGCAAAUCUAUGAGAAUCUUGAUGAGCUGUUCUUCUCUGUGGUGAGGAACUGGCAGGACUGCCAGGAGGAAGAGGACAAACAGGCCGUCCUCGGGGCUGUGGCUGCCAUGUUGAGUGUCCUCCUGCAAGAGGAGCUGCACCGAGAGCACGUCUGGGAGCAGCUCCUUUGGCUUGUGCACCCGUGUCAGGAAGUAAAAGACACCUGCAAGAUGGCCAAGAGCCUCACUAUCUUCCUGGAGGCCUUAGAGGGAGUUGAGUAUGCCAUCCCCAAGGACAAGUUUCUGGCCAUCACCAGUGCUGUAUUCUACCAGGUAAGGGGAGCCUAUCCUUGUGCACACAGCAGUUUCCCUCUUGGCUAAGUCUCAGAAGGACUGCAAAGCUCAGAGCCCCUGACUAAGGCAGCUCAGCCUUAGCAACUGCAUGCCCGAGGCUGCUCCAGAGCUGUGCGUGUGCCCCCAGGGAUGUUGUGGGGUGGGCUGGAUUUUGUCUGCGUGUCCUCCUCCUGAGAGUGCCAAGGGAGACGAGAGCUGGCAGCACAGUGUCUUUUCCAUCCUCAGUGCUGAUGUGA